UUAACAUCUCUAAAAAAAUAAUUAACAGCAUUAAUUUUGCUUUAUAUUUCACGACUUUUCCUCAUUUAUUGGGGACAACUGGGAAAACAUAACAUUCACAUGAUAUGUUUUCAAUGUCCUGAACACAACUUGUACGUAUCGGUGUUCUUUGGGGUCAAUUUGUAAAACAUAUAAGAAAUAUCAACUUUUUUAUUUAUUUAAAAGGCUAUUUAGGUAGUCAACAAACAAAAAUAAAGUACCUCACUUAAACUUGGGAAACAAUAUUAAUUCAAAUGUUCUGGAGGUUUUAAUUACUGGGGAGAAAUUGAAAUAAGAUGUUAGUAAAUGUGAAGGUAACAGGAGGGUUAAAACAAGGGGUUGAGCUGUGUGAACGACUUGUGACGUGCGCUUCAUUUUCAAUAGUUGCGUGUUUGAUCCACCAAUAAAAGAAGCUGGUUCUGGCAGCAGCUGACCAAUAGCAGCCCGUCUCUGCAGACAGUCACUUCCGGUCCCGGUGGUCCCCCAUGAGGAGCAGCAGUCCGGUGCAGAUAUUAGCAAAAGCAGGAAUGCGUCACGUGGAACGAGAGAACGACGACAACGAGUCAUUCAUUUGCCCUUUUUCGUUCUUCGACAUUCCUUUUUCCUGCCUUUGCUUAAAAAAAGAAGUAGUUUGACAAAGUAACUCCAGUAAGAGGCGCUGGUUCGCCGCUGGUCACCUCCCUCCCGCUUUCCCACCCCCCUCGGGUUAGCUAACCCAAACUUUACAGGCGGUGACUUCUUCUUCUUCUUCCCGCGUCUCGCCUCCGCCGACAUGUCGGAGUACCUGGACGACCCGCGCGGGCUCACCAAGGACAAGCUGAAGAGCGAGCUGCUGGCCCACAACGUGGAGCUUCCGAGCGGCAACACGGCCAAGGACGUGUACGUGCAGCUGUAUCUGGAGAAGCUUACCGCUAACAACAAGAAGACCGCCGAGGCGGUGGACAUGUUCUCCAGCGACGAGGACCUGCCGCCGCCCGUCGUCUAUAGCAGGAGUCGCUCCUCCGGCAGGAAAGCCACACGGAAAACGGACAAGGUGCGUCCCGACGAGAUGGACGUCACCAUGCUGACCGACGACGACCUGAAGGGCGAGCUGCUCAAGCACGGCGUGGAUGCGGGGCCCAUUGUUGCAUCGACCCGGAAGGUGUACGAGAAUAAACUGCAGAGGAUGCUGGACCAACCCCCCGCCGCCCAGCCGCCGAAGCUGCUGCUCCCCUCGGAGACCCAAGUGACCCACAACGGCAACUCUGAGGCCGACCUGUACAGCGACAAGGAAGAUGAAGUGACACCAGAACCUGUGGCAGAACCUGAGCCGGUUCCAGUGGUGGAGAGACCGGUGAGAAGCAGAGGGAAGACGCCCGUCACCACCCGCACCAGCAGCAGCCAGCACCGCACGCUCAAAGUGGAGGACGUGGGGUUGUGUCUCCUCGCCCAGGAUUCAUGUCCGCAGCCAGCCGCUCUGCUCGACACAGCUCUGUUGGAGGAACCCGAGACAAGGACUGAACCUCUUAGACCAGCUUGGGCCAGCUCUUUGACCGUUACUAAACUGAAUCCACGACCGUCUGCCAAGUCAUCCGGGCCGACCUCCCCUCCGACUCAAACCACCAAAGUCGGCCCGGUCCCCUUUAGCCCCUCGUGUGACAUCUCGCCCAUUAAGAGACCAGCGUACCACUGGUCUCUGUCGGACCAGUUUGGAUCCAAGGCCGGCGGUGUCUCUCUGGCACGGGUGGAGAAGAUUGCAGCCAGCGAACAAACACCGACCGUGGAGGAGAAGGACGUUCUGAAGGAGCUGUUCCCCAAUGACAUCAAUAGUCCGACAGGAAUCAUCGCGACCUGUCGGCGACCCAUUAAAGGAGCCGCCGGUCGCCCUCUGAUCUGGAAUGAUGAGAACCGCCUCUUCUCUCCAAAAACCACCAAGACGACCUUCUCCUCCUCUUACACAGAGAGCUCCACUGUCAACAAAGUCAGCAGCCUGCCCCGCCCCACCUCCUCCUCCUCUAUUUCUUCUUCCUCCUCCUCCAGGCUUCUGUCUGCAGCGCCCCCUGCAGGGCCGACCAAGGCAGCGUACCGCAGCGUGUCUCUGUGGAUAAAGCUCUUCCUGCUGGCCAUCGUGGCUGCUUUCUUGUUCCUGGUGUACCAGGUGAUGGAGACCAACACCAUCAACCCAUUCACAACCCCAGACACGGGGGUGGCCAGUGGCAGCACCGCCUAGGGGGCUCCGUGUCUGAGGGGGGAUGCCGAAGCCCGCCCGCCCGAUUCUGUCUUUUCAAGUGGGGGAUCUGCAUUGUAGCCAUUUUAUUCCCGGGCGCCGUGAAAUGAAAUUCCUCUUUUUAUCUUUUUCCUUUUUUAUAUCGCAAAUCUGUUUUCAGCACAUGACGUAGCCGUUUUCAGCGACAAGUGAAGGAUGUCCACAACAUGUUGUGAAAGAAAAGCGCCUCUUUAUCUUCAUCGUUGACAGUCUGUGAGGUGACAACAAAGCCAGUCACUCUGUAGGCCUUCAUCGAGAAAUGUGGACUCACUUUUUAUUACCGCGUUCAUUUUAUGUUGUGUGUGUGUGUGGAGACUUUGCCUUCGUAUCUCUGUCAUUAACGGCCUUGAGGAUGGAGUUUGAACCUGUAUCUUUGUGUCGUACCUUACAUGACCAGCUUUAUUAAUAAGACAGAGGCUUGAUUUUAUAAUCCUAAAUCUUCUUAAACCCGACACCAAUGCUUUCUUUCUUUCUCUUCUAAUUAUUGAACAUCCCUCUUUAUUCUACCUAAUUAUGUAUUCGCUGUCACAAAUAUUGAAUAUCCACUCAAUAAACUAUUAUGUUGUUACUGUCUUUUAAUAGAAUUUGAUUAAUCACUAUGUAAUUGUGCAAAUAAAACUUAAUUACGUUU